AGAAGUAAGACGAUUCUCCGAACCUGGAGUGUCAAUCUUUCUGCAGCACGAAUUUGUAUGGUCCUGAAGCACCAACAAGAAUUAGUGUGUCUUGUGCCAGCAUCACCUAUGGUAUUCCAACUUCCACCCAUGCUAGAACUUGCCAUUAGCUACCCCGCUCACGACCUUAUUCCCAUCAUGUUUAUAUAAGACUUCUGUUUUGCUAGUCCACCUUCUGAACCGAAUCCCAAUCGCAUCUGUCUGCCAUCAUGUCGUCGGUCAAAGAUGCCAUUCCAAACGGCAAUGGCCCCUCAAUUUCGAUCUUGGAACAACCGAUAUUAACACGCCGAAAGCUCAGACUCGUUUGUGUUGGAGCUGGAUUCUCAGGACUAACCCUUGCUCACAAGAUCCAGCACGAGUUCAAGUUGGAGGAGGAAAUUGACCUGACAAUAUACGAGAAGAACCCUGAAAUUGGUGGUACUUGGUAUGAAAAUACCUAUCCUGGAGCGGCUUGUGAUAUUCCGUCUCACGCCUAUACUUUCUUAUUUGAGCCAAAUCCAGAUUGGUCUAAAUUCUAUUCACCGGGUCCAGAAAUCCAUUCAUACAUCAAGCGUACAGCCGAGAAGUAUAACCUUACCAAGCAUGUACGGUUGAAUUCGAAGGUUCUUGAGACAAUUUGGGGUCAGGAGGCUGGCAAAUGGAAGAUCAAAGUCGAUAUCGAUGGUUUUAUCAAGGAAGAUGAUGCUGAUAUACUGAUAAAUGGGUCUGGAUUUCUCAAUAAAUGGAAGUGGCCAAAUAUCCAAGGACUCCAAGAUUUCAAAGGGAAGCUAGUGCAUAGUGCCAAUUGGGAUAAUUCAUAUAAUUGGGACGACAAAAAGAUUGCAGUGAUUGGCAAUGGCUCUUCUGGUCUUCAAAUUGUCUCUGCCAUGCAACCCAAGGUCUCAAAAUUGGUCAAUUACGUUCGAGGACCCACUUGGAUCUCUAUCAACUUCUGUGCAGCCAAAGCAAAAGAUGGCAAAAACUUCGAAUAUUCCGAAGCGGAAAAGAAGACUUUCAAAGAAGAUCCGCAAGCCCUUUUCUUGCUGCGUAAAGAGCUUGAAGCUUCAAUUAAUUCCUUCUUCUUUGGAAUGUACGUCGAUCAUCCGUUUCAACAAGGCUUAGAAGCAGCUUGCAAACAGCAAAUGCAGAGCAUCCUUCAAGAUCACCCAGAAAUAUUAUCAAAAAUGAUACCUGGCUUUCAUCCUGGCUGCCGUCGUCUUUCGCCGUGUGAUGGUUAUCUCGAAGCCUUAAAGCAGGAAAAUGCUUCAAUAGUAUGGACCGACAUUGAGACCAUCACAGAGACUGGUAUUCGCACCGCUGAUGGGCUUGUGGAAGACUUCGAUAUGAUUGUGUGUGCAACAGGUUUUGAUACCUCCUUCGUUCCGCCCUGGAAGUUGGUUGGAUUAAACGGCGCUACUUUGACUGAGCGAUGGAAAAUCAACCCAGAUGCCUUCUUCUCCGUCCAAGUUGAUUCUAUGCCAAAUUACUUCAUCUUCAAUGGUCCUAAUUGUCCAAUCUCACAUGGGUCCGUAUUGAGCCAGAUCUCAUGGACAUGCGGCUACAUCCUUCGCUGGGUCAAGAAGAUGGCCACCCAAGACCUCAAGUCCGUCACUCCAAAACCCAAAUCAGUUGCAGACUUCAACGCCUACUCACAAAAAUUUCUUCUGCGAACAGUAUGGGCAGACAAAUGCCGCUCUUGGUACAAGAAUGGAAAAGAGACAGGUAUUGUGACUGGAACAUAUGCUGGGUCUAUCCUGCAUUUCAAAGACGCUUUGGAGAACAUAGGUAGUGAGCAUUUUGAUAUUGUAUCGAGAAGUGACAAUGUUUUUGGUUGGUUGGGAAAUGGACAAAGUCUUCAUGACAAGGAUGGAUAUGGAGAUUUAGCUUACUAUAUGGAGCAACCCACUAUCUGAGUUGUGGAUCAUAUUCGAUAGGUUACAGCUCCUGAUGCUGUUAUAUGUACUCAAAAGUUCCUCACUUCCGAAUUCGAC